AGUUUGACCAAUUUGAAACACCUAGAUUUGUCAAACAAUAAACUUUCAUUACAAAACUGUGAGAUGUUUAAUGGGCUAAUCGAACUGGAAAAUCUUGACUUGUCACACAACAACAUUGCGGAAAUUCCCAAGGGAUGUUUUAAAACUCUUAACAAAUUAAGAAAUCUCAAUAUUUCUCACAAUAAAAUAAAGAAAAUUGAUCGUCACACAUUUGAUGGACUAUGUAGUUUAGAAAUGUUAUCAUUCGAAGGCAAUGAAACAUAUGUCAAACUUCGUGAUAUUUUUACUUUAAGAGAUUUAAAGAUUGUUGAAAUGUCCUGUAAAAAUUGCUGCCCCUUUCUUUGUUUGAAUAAUAGUAUAACAUGUAACUGCAGUGGAGACCCGAGAAAGGAAUGCCCACGGAGGCUGUUGCAUAAAGAAAGUUAUCGUGUGUUUGUGUGGAUUACCGUUGUUCUCAUUUUGUUGGCAAUAUUUUUGCUCUGA